ACACGCCCCCUCCAUGACUCCACACAUUUGGUCCCAUCACUACUUGCAGCUAGCUUAGCUUGCUAGUUAGCUUAGCUUGUUAGCUGCUAACAACGAGACGCGCAGGUUACCUUUACAUCGCUAAGUAAGGAACUAAUGUGAGUGUAAAGUGUUGUGAUUGUGUGAAAAUGUGCGAAAGAACGAUAGCAAAGUAUGAGGAGGAACUUUGUCCAACAAAAGAGAAGGAGCGACAACAUCAACUGCUGGAUGUUUAUUAUAAGAAACUUCAAGUUGUGUUACACAGAACAGAUGUCCAGCAGCCCCCCCACAUUAAAGAGGAAGAGGGGGAUCCACAGCCCCCCCACAUUAAAGAGGAAAAGGAUCAUCCACAGCCCCCCCACAUUAAAGAGGAAGAGGAGGAAGGUUGGAUCACUCAGGAGGGAGAGUGUCUUCUAGGGCAGGAGGAGGAUGAUGUCACCAAGUUUCCACUGACUGUUGUCUCUGUGAAGACUGAAGAGCAUGAAGACAAACCACCUGAGUCCUCACAGCUUCAUCACAGUCCAAACGUCUGUGAAGAACAACUUCUGCCUGAAAAACGGGAGAGUAGUUUCAGGAUGGUGAAGGAGGAUCCAUCAAAGAGGAAGACCAGGCGCCACAGACCCUCUGGUGUCUCCUUUUCCUCUUUGACACAGACCAUUCCCUGUAAAAAGGAAGAGGAAGACUCACUGACCCCCCACGUUAAAGAGGAAGAGGAGGAACACAGCAUCAGUCAUGAGGGAGAUCUUCUAGAAGGACUGGUGGAGUUGCCAGUGACUGGUGUCCCUGUGAAGAGUGAAGAUGAUGAGGUCAAAGGUGAAAGUGAGGAGAAGAGAGAGGCGGAGCCUCCAAGCAGCAGCUCAACACAACACAUGACAACAGAAGCUGAUGGAGACCACUGUGGAGGAUCACAAGCAGACAAGCUCUUAGCUCCACUAUCAGAUAGUGAGGACACAACGUCACACUCUCCUGACACUGAUGAUGAAGACUCUAAAGAUGAUAAGACAUGUCACACUGACAACACUCACUUCAAAUGUUCUCACUGUGACAAAACCUUUAAAUACCAUAGUCUUCUGAAAAUACACUUGAGAACACACACCGGAGAAAAACCUUUUAUCUGUUCAAUAUGUGGUAAAGGUUUUGCAGCAAAUCGAUAUUUGAAAGUACACAUGAGAACACACACUGGUGAAAAACCUUUUAUCUGUUCAAUCUGUGGUCAAGGUUUUGCACACAGUUUAUAUUUGAAAAAACACAGAACAAGACACACUAGAGAAAAAUCUUUUAUCUGUUCAAUCUGUAGUAAAGGUUUUGUAGAAAGUGGCAGUUUGAAAGUACACAUGAGAACACACACUGGUGAAAAACCUUUUAUCUGUUCAAUCUGUGGUCAAGGUUUUGCACACAGUGUAUAUUUGAAAAAACACAGAACAAGACACACUAGAGAAAAAUCUUUUAUCUGUUCAAUCUGUAGUAAAGGUUUUGUAGAAAGUGCCAAUUUGAAAGUACACAUGAGAACACACACUGGUGAAAAACCUUUUUCCUGUUCAAUCUGUGGUAAAGGUUUCGUAGAAAGUGGCAAUUUGAAAGUGCACAUGAGAAGACACACUGGUGAAAAACCCUUUUCCUGUAGAAUCUGCGGUAAGGGUUUUGUACAAAAUGACACUUUGAAAGUACACAUUAGAACACACACUGGUGAAAAACCUUUUUCUUGUUCAAUCUGUGGUAAAGGUUUUGCAGAAAGUGGCAAAUUGAAAGUACACAUGAGAACGCACACCGGCGAAAAACCUUUUUCCGGUUGAGUCUGUGGUAAGGGUUUUACAAAUAGUGUCAAUAUGAAAACACACAAGAGAACACACACUGGCAAAAAAACGUUUUCCUGUUCAAUCUGUGGUAAAGGUUUUACACAAAAUCAGUGUUUGAAAGUACACACUAGAACACACACUGGUGAACAAUCACAUUCCUGUUCAAUUUGCAACAGAAGCUUUUGUGGACGAUCAAACCUUGUAGCACACAUGAGAACACACCCAGGAGAGAAAGUGGUGAGUUGCAGUGUGUGUGGUGAAAGAUUCUCUUCUAAGUACCAGUGUAAGAAACACAAGUGUGCUGGUGAGAACAGCAGCAGCAAAUGAAACUGCAGGAUUUGAAAUAAACUGUCAAGACUUUAAUUUUGACUUUCUAACAACAUCAGCACAUAUAACAUGUGUGACAUUGUUGUUUGUGUAACAAUCUUUUUAAUAUGCUUCUACAUUUAUAGAUUAGAUAUUUUAUAUUAGUGCUUUUUUCAGUCAAGUACAUGCAUUAAUAUGCAACAUUGUGUACUUUUAUUAAAAAUUGAACAGAACAAUUUGACUGAAAAGGAGAGACUAAACCGUACAAUACAUAUUUUACAUUCAAUGAACAUUUUAUGUGUAUAUAUAUUCAUCAUACAAUUUUAGACUUGUUCAUGACUGUGUUUUUUAUAGGUGUUUGAAAUAUUGAAGUGUUACAUCCAUCCAUCCAUUUUCUACCGCUUGUCCCUUUUGGGGUCGCGGGGGGUCGCUGGAGCCUAUCUCAGCUGCAUUCAGGCGGUAGGCGGGGUACACCCUGUACAAGUCGCCACCUCGUCGCAGGGCCAACACAGAUAGACAGACAACAUUGACACUCACAUUCACAUACUAGGGCCAAUUUAGUGUUGCCAAUCAACCUAUCCCCAGGUGCAUGUCUUUGGAGGUGGGAGGAAGCCGGAGUACCCGGAGGGAACCCACGCAGUCACGGGGAGAGCAUGCAAACUCCACACAGAAAGAUCCCGAGCGCAGGAUCGAACCCCAGACCUUCGUAUUGUGAGGCAGAUGCACUAACCCCUCUUCCACCGUGCUGCCCUGAAGUGUUACAUAUUAUUUGAAAUUGUUAAUGAUCCCAUAGAUUAGCACCUUUAUAUGAUAUACAUAUGUACUGGUUCACAUCUGAAACAUCUUCUGGACCACUUCAGGAAGCAUAUUAUUAUUUACUUUAUACAUCAUUUGAACAGUUGUCUUUUAUACAAUUUUAAAUUGUGUGACUUUAUGAAUUAUUUGUUGGGUCUCUAUAAUCCAUUUUAUCAAUUAUCUUUAUUACUCUCUUUUGUAAUUCGAUGAUUGUGUUGUGAUAGUUUUAUAUGUAUGUCCCCAGACAUAAAAUUGGGUAGAAAAAAAGUGAGAUAAAAUGACUGAAUUGUUUGUGGAAGGAUGGUUUUGUUUUUACAAACAUACAUUUGUGGAUAAAAUAAAAAAUGUCAUUAUUGUGUUUUAAACAUUUUGUAAGUUUUUUUUUUUUUAACAUCCCCAAAACAAUUUCAGAAAACAAGUUUGGAGUGUCAGGCAAAAGCCAAUAUUGUACGUCAUCCCACAGAGAUUUACUUUGCAUCCAUUCAUAAAAUAAACGGUUUAUUUUG